GGGGGAGGGCCCGGAGCCGCGCGUGCAGCUCUGCCAGAAGACCGCAGCCCGAGCCCGAGCCGGGAGCGCCGAGCCCGCCCGGAACUCAUCCGUCCCAUGGAGCAGGCAGCCACAAUGGCUGAGCCGCGGGGUCCGGUGGACCACGGAGUACAGAUUCGCUUUAUCACAGAGCCGGAAGGUGGCAUGGAGCCUGUCACCCUGCGUCGCGGUGGACGACGCCCAGCCAAGGAUGCAAGGGCUAGUUCUUAUGGAGUCGCCGUGCGUGUGCAAGGCAUUGCGGGGCAACCCUUUGUGGUGCUCAACAGUGGGGAUAAAGGGGGUGACUCCUUUGGGGUUCAAAUCAAAGGAGGCAACAACCAAGGGGGGACGGGAGCUCUCAGCUCCGACUCUGAGCUCCCCGAGAAUCCUUACUCUCAGGUCAAGGGGUUUCCUGCUCCCUCGCAGAGCAGCACCUCUGAUGAGGAGCUGGGCACCCCUUGGAAUGGGAGGCUGCUUCGGUCCCAGUCCCAGGCCUCACUGGCAGGGUCUGGCCUUGGGGGUUCCAGCAAUAGGAGCGCCAGCUUGUUGGAGCUGGCUCCCCAAGAGACUUCCCCAGGCAGCACCAUUGACACUGCUCCGCUAUCUUCCGUGGACUCCCUCAUCAACAAGUUUGACAGCAAAGGCACGGGCCAGUCCCGGGGCAGAGCUGGCCGCCGCUCGCGGACGCUGGUCUUCGAACAGCGCAAGCGCAGCCAGAGCCUGGACAGCCGGCCGCCUCGAGACACUGUGGAGGCACGGGAGCGCCAGUCACCUGACCACUGGACCCCGAGCCCAAAAUACAGCAACGACACAGGUGGCUUGAAGCAGUCGGCCCAGAGCCAGAGCGCUCUCGGGGGCUUCAACCGCUCCCGUCAGACCCAGGACUGGGUCCUACAGAAUUUUGAGGAGCCGCGAGGGAGGACACCGGACCCUGCUGUGCUGCAGCUGAAAUCGACUCCAGACCUUCUCCGAGACCAGCAGGAGGCAGCACCGCCCGGCAGUGUAGACUACUUGAAAGCCACCAUCUUUGGCAUCCUGAGGGAGGGAAGCUCGGAGAGCGAGGCCUCUGUGAGGAGGAAGGUCAGCUUGGUUAUGGAGCAGGUGCAGCCACUGGUGGUAGUGAAUUCUUCUGGCUCCACAAAGGCCCUGGCAGGGCAGGGGGAGCUCAGCCGCCAGGUGGAAGAGCUGCAGCAAAAACUGGAUGAAGAGAUCAAGAAGCGGCAGAAGCUGGAGCCAUCCCGGCUUGCGCUGGAGCGGCAGCUGGAGGAGAAGGAGGAAGAAUGCAAGCGGCUGCAGGAGCUGCUGGAGAGGAAGAAGGGGGAGGCCCAGCAGAGCACCAAGGAGGUGCAGAACAUGAAGCGCCUCCUGGACCAGGGCGAAAACGAGCGCCACAAGUUGGAGAUGCAGAUGGUGGAGCUGCAGAGCAAGCUGAAGCAGGUGCAGGGGCCUGAGCCUGCAAAGGAUGCGCUCCUGAAGGACCUCUUAGAGACUCGGGAGCUUCUGGAAGAGGUCUUGGAGGGCAAACAGCGUGUAGAAGAGCAGCUGCGGCUCCGGGAGCGGGAGUUGACAGCCCUGAAGGGGGCCCUGAAGGAGGAGGUGGCCUCUCGUGACCAGGAAGUGGAGUUUGUCCGGCAGCAGUGCCAGCGAGACACAGAACAGCUUCGCAGGAGCAUGCAGGAUGCAACCCAGGACCAAGCGGUGCUGGAGGCUGAGCGGCAGAAGAUGUCAGCCCUGGUGCGGGGGCUGCAGCGGGAGCUGGAGGAAACCUCCGAGGAGACGGGGCACUGGCAGAACAUGUUCCAGAAGAACAAGGAGGAGCUGAAAGCCACCAAACAGGAACUGCUGCAGCUGCGGAUGGAGAAGGAGGAGAUGGAAGAGGAGCUUGGGGAUAAGAUGGAGGCCUUGCAGAGAGAAUUAGAGCAGGCCAGAGCUGGUGUGAGAGAUACCCACCAGGUUGAUGAACUUAAGAAGGAGUUGCGCAAUACCCAGGAGGAGCUGGAAGAGCUGCAGGCCCAGCUGCAGAACCGGGAGGUGGCAGGGCAGCACCGCAACCGUGAGCUGGAGAAGCAGCUGGCUGCCCUGAACGUCGAGGCCGAGCGAGGCCGGGAACUGGAGCAGCAGAACCUCCAGCUGCAAAAGACCAUCCAGCAGCUGAGGCAGGACUGUGAAGACGCUUCCAAGGCCAAGCUGGCAGCCGAGGCGGACUCUGCGGUGCUGGGGAAGCGGCGUGCCGCGGUGGAGACCACGCUUCGCGAGACCCAAGAGGAAAACGACGAAUUCCGACGACGCAUCCUGGGUCUGGAGCAGCAGCUGAAGGAGGCACGUGGCCUGGCGGAAGGCGGGGAGGCUGUGGAGGCACGACUUCGGGACAAGGUGCAGCGGCUAGAGGCAGAGAAACAACGACUGGAGCAGGCCCUGAACGCCUCCCAAGAGGAAGAGGAGAGCCUGGCGACUGCCAAGCGGGCCCUGGAGGUCCGGCUGGAAGAAGCCCAGCGAGGGCUGGCACGCAUGGGGCAGGAGCAGCAGGCCCUGAACCGGGCCCUGGAGGAGGAGGGCAAGCAGCGCGAGGUGCUGCGCCGCAGCAAGGCUGAGCUGGAAGAGCAGAAGCGGCUGCUGGACCGCACUGUGGACCGGCUCAACAAGGAGCUGGAGCAGAUUGGAGAAGAUUCCAAGCAAGCCCUGCAGCAGCUCCAGACGCAGCUGGAGGAUUAUAAGGAAAAGGCCCGGCGGGAAGUAGCAGAUGCCCAUCGUCAGGCCAAGGAUUGGGCCAGUGAGGCUGAGAAGACCUCUGGAGGCCUGAGCCGGCUUCAGGAUGAGACCCAGAGGUUGCGGCAGGCCCUUCAGGCAUCCCAGGCUGAACGAGACUCGGCUAAGCUGGAUAAAGAGCUGCUGGCCCAGCGACUGCAGGGACUGGAGCAGGAGGCAGAGAACAAAAAGCGCUCUCAGGAUGACAGGGCCCGGCAGGUGAAGGGGCUCGAGGAGAAAGUCUCACGGCUUGAAGCAGAGCUGGACGAGGAGAAGAACACCGUGGAGCUGCUCACAGACCGGGUCAAUCGUGGCCGGGACCAGGUUGAUCAGCUGAGAGCGGAGCUCAUGCAGGAGCGCUCUGCUCGGCAGGACCUGGAGUGUGACAAGAUCUCCUUGGAAAGACAGAACAAGGACUUGAAGAACCGCUUGGCCAGCUCCGAAGGCUUCCAGAAGCCCAGUGCCAGCCUGUCUCAGCUUGAGACCCAGAACCAGCUGCUGCAGGAGCGACUGCAGGCCGAGGAGAGGGAGAAAACAGUUCUGCAGUCCACAAACCGGAAACUAGAACGGAAAGUUAAAGAACUGUCCAUCCAGAUUGAUGAUGAGCGGCAGCAUGUCAACGACCAGAAAGACCAGCUGAGCCUGAGGGUGAAGGCUCUGAAGCGGCAGGUGGAUGAAGCAGAAGAGGAAAUCGAGCGCUUGGACGGCCUGAGGAAGAAGGCGCAGCGGGAGCUGGAGGAGCAGCAUGAGGUCAAUGAACAGCUGCAGGCGCGCAUCAAGUCCCUGGAGAAGGAUUCCUGGCGCAAGGCUUCCCGCUCAGCUGCUGAGUCAACCCUCAAACACGAGGCACUGAGCUCAGAUGAAGAAUUUGACGGCGUCUACGAUCCCUCAUCUAUCGCAUCCCUGCUUACAGAGAGCAACCUACAGACCAGCUCCUGCUAGCGUGUGCUCCUGUAGGGUCCAGAGAAACUAGGUUUGCGCCCUGUCCUGGGUCAACCCUCCUCGGCCCCUGCCCGUCUCAGCUGGUGGGUGACCUGGUCACUCAGUUGUACCAUCAGGAUGGGUCUGAGAAUGAUGGUGAUUAAAAAAUAAUAGUAAGACAUCAGUAAUAAGCUGAUGCCUGGACUGCCCUUUUCCAGUGGAGGGUUGAGAGCUCCAGGUUGCUCGAACCCUUCCCUUAAGUGCCAGUCGCUGCCUCGCUCCCCUCCUAGCAGAAGGAUGGUGAACAGGUAGCCAAGGCAGGAGUGGGAGUGCUGCACCGAGCAGGAGAGGAAGAGUGGAAAUUGCCACAUGCGUGUACAUAGCUUUAUUUCUCUAGCCCUUGACCUAAGGCUCAGGGAAAUGCCCUGUGAUAUCCUCCCUGAAUUCCCACAUCCCAUUUUUUUUCUCCUCCUCUGGAGCAGGGUUAGGGGAGCGUGGUGGGUAUUGGACACGCAGGCGUGGCUUUACCCACUUCUCAGAUGCUCCUCUUUGCACAAUUGGGGGCACCUAUGUGGUGGCCCCCACCUUCUCCAAUAUGUAUAAUUUUGUCCCCAGCCAGCAGGUCCAAGGGACCCUUUGUCUGUUCCGUCUCCUAUCCUCACCUUUCCUGCGCUGCUUUCCUCUCGGUGCCUUAGCCAGGGUGAGGAGGCAAGGAUGCUCUUGCCUGUUCUAUCUUGCACAUUCAUACCUCUCUAAAGACCAGCCUUUCCCCAGCUGGGCCCCUCAGCUUUCCCGGUCACCCCCGUGACUCAUUACGAGUCACCUGCUUUCCCACCUGAGGACCCCUGGGAGGGAGACUUCAGGGAGCACCAUGGGAAAGUGGUGGGGACUGGGUUCUGCCCAGGGUUUCCAUCCUUCUUCCUCUGUGACUACUCAAGUACUUGCACCCGGGGGCCCUGACAAUGGUAUUUACCAGUUCCAGCACAGCGAUCUCAGACCCCAUCCAUGGUCUUCCUUGUGGCUUGUUGCAGCAAGCCUAGGGACCCUUAUGUUCUCAGGGCCUUUGCCCUGGUUCAGGAUUUGUUCUG